GUUUGGGCGAGGGGGCGGGCAGUGAGGGCGAAGGGGCGGCGCCUGCUGUCCGGGGCACAAAAGCAGGCUGGCCUGCCCGGCUGGGAGGGAGGGACGGGCUGCCCGGCCGGCCUGGGCAUGGCUGCGCGGGGCCGGCGCUCCUGGCUGCUGGCGCUCCUGCUCGGGCUCGUGCUGGGCUUCCUCCUCGCCUCGCGACUCCUCCCGGCCCGCACCGCCCCCGGCCUCUCCACCGCCGCCCGCCUCCACGCCCGGACGGGGGCCGCCGGGCGGGGGAGCCUCUGCCGGGGAGGGAAGGGCGGAGGGGGGAGAGAAGGGGGAAGAGGAGGAGGAGGAGGGGCGCCGCGGGACGGGCCCCACCCCGACCGCCCCCCCGGGUCGCCCCCUCCCCCCGGCCAACCCGGAGCCGGAUUCCUCUUCGUCGGGGUCAUGACCGCACAGAAGUACCUGCGCAGCCGAGCCAUGGCCGCCUCCAGGACAUGGUCCAGCACCAUCCCUGGUAAGGUCCAGUUCUUCUCCAGCGAGGGUUCAGACACCUCCCUUCCCAUCCCCAUUGUGCCCCUGCCUGGCGUCGAUGACUCCUACCCACCUCAGAAGAAGUCAUUUAUGAUGCUCAAGUACAUGCACGACCACUACCUGGACAAGUACGAGUGGUUCAUGCGUGCGGAUGACGACGUUUACAUCAAAGGAGACAAGCUGGAGAACUUCCUCCGCAGCCUGAACAGCAGCGAGCCCCUCUUCCUGGGCCAAACGGGGCUGGGCACCACAGAGGAGAUGGGGAAGCUUGCCCUGGAGCCAGGAGAGGACUUCUGUAUGGGGGGUCCCGGCGUGAUCAUGAGCCGCGAGGUGCUGCGGCGCACAGCCCCCCACAUUGGGGAGUGCCUUCGUGAGAUGUACACCACCCAUGAGGACGUGGAGAUCGGGAGGUGCGUGCGGCGCUUCGCAGGGGUCCAAUGCGUCUGGUCUUAUGAGAUGCAGCAGCUGUUUUAUGAGAACUACGAGCAGAACAAAAAAGGCUACAUCAAAGACCUCCAUAACAGCAAGAUCCAUCGAGCUAUCACCUUGCACCCAAACAAGAGCCCACCCUACCAGUACAGACUCCACAGUUACAUGUUGAGCCGCAAAAUAGCGGAGCUGCGAUACCGGACUAUACAACUGCACCGGGAGAUCGUCCUCAUGAGCAAAUACAGCAAUACAGAGGUCCACAGGGAUGAUCUCCAGCUGGGGGUUGCGCCUUCCUUCAUGCGCUUCCAGCCGCAGCAGCGCGAGGAGGUCUUGGAGUGGGAGUUCCUCACCGGAAAGUACCUUUACUCUGCGGCAGAUGGGCAGCCGCCUCGCCGAGGCAUGGACUCCUCGCAGCAUGAGGCACUGGAUGAUAUUGUGAUGCAAGUCAUGGAGAUGAUCAACGCCAACGCCAAGACCAGAGGGCGGAUCAUUGACUUCAAGGAGAUACAGUACGGCUACCGCAGGGUCAACCCGAUGUACGGGGCAGAGUACGUCCUGGACCUCCUCCUUUUGUACAAGAAGCACAAGGGCAAGAAGAUGACAGUCCCUGUCCGAAGGCAUGCCUACUUGCAGCAGACCUUCAGCAGAGUUCAGUUCAUGGAGCACGAAGAGACGGAUGCCAAAGCCCUGGCCAGCACAAUCAACCAGGAAUCUGGGUCUCUGUCGUUCCUCUCCAGUUCCUUGAAGAUGUUUGUCCCAUUCCAGCUAAGUAAGUCGAAAGCAGAGAAGAAGGAACCCAAAGACCAGAAGAUCAACAUCUUGAUUCCUCUCUCUGGCCGCUUCGACAUGUUUGCCCGCUUCAUGGGGAACUUUGAAAAGACAUGCCUGAUUUCCAACCAGAAUGUCAAAUUGGUGGUCCUGCUCUUCAACUCAGACUCCAACCCCGACAAAGCCCGGCAAGUGGAGCUGAUGAGGGACUACCGCCUCAAGUAUCCCAAGGCAGACAUGCAGAUCUUGCCAGUAUCUGGCGAGUUUUCCCGCGCUCUGGCCCUCGAAGUCGGAUCCUCUCAGUUUAACAACAAAUCGUUGCUGUUUUUCUGUGAUGUUGACUUGGUGUUUACGGCCGAGUUCCUGCAACGAUGUCGAGCUAACACAGUUUUGGGGCAACAAAUCUAUUUCCCGGUCAUCUUUAGCCAGUACGAUCCAAAGAUUGUCUAUAGUGGGAAGGUUGCUAGUGAUAACAAUUUUGCCUUUACGCAGAAGACGGGCUUCUGGAGGAACUACGGCUUUGGGAUUGCCUGUAUUUACAAAGGGGAUCUCAUCCGGGCCGGCGGCUUUGACAUUUCGAUCCAAGGUUGGGGCCUCGAGGACGUGGACUUGUUCAACAAAGUAAUUCAGGCCGGAUUAAAAACGUUCCGGAGCCAGGAGGUUGGAGUUGUCCAUGUGCACCACCCCGUCUUCUGUGACCCAAAUCUGGAUCCAAAACAGUACAAAAUGUGCUUGGGCUCCAAAGCUUCCACUUAUGGGUCGGCCCCGCAGUUAGCUGAGCUGUGGCUCCAAAAGAAUGAGCCAAGCCUUGGGAAGAACAGCAUUGCGAAUGGCUCGCUGAGGACAGCCUAAUAUCCAGCGUACGCUGGGGAGAGAAACAAAAAAACUACCUAUUUCAUUUUUUAUUGCCCUAAUUUAUUUUAUUUUAAUUUCUUUUUUUAGAAAACAUUUUGAUAGUCGAUUUUUUAAAAAAAGAGACCGCACAAGGGUAUAUUUUGGACACCACCUUCUUUCUUACGAAGAUCGCCUGAGCUUUUUCGUUCUGAACAAAACUGUGACCUUCCUUUGCCUUCUUGAACAAACAGCAGUGGCUGAGUAUUACGAAUUGCCUGGUUCCGACAACUUGAAACAAUCCCGCUUCCCUGUCUGUCUCCAUAGAUAGUUCUUUUUUUAAAAAAAGGAAGGGAAAAACACCUUUCUUCUCUAUGUUUUCCCCUGUUGUCCAUUGAGGUGCUUGUGUUUUUCUAAUAACACUUGAAUGCAAAGUGGCACAAAAAGGUUCACUUCAUGGUUAGGGGUUUUCUUUUCCUACUUUGGGAUUGUAACAGACAGAACAUAUGGAUUCCUUCCUGGAUUAAAAGUGUUAGGACAAAGAAAAGAAUAUGGCGGUGUCCGCCAGUUUUUGCUUGUAGGAAUAUUUCAUUUGGUUGAUAUUUCGACCUCAAAAUGUACCUUUUGCUCGCUGUAUUUUGAGCAACCAGAAAGAAAGGGUCAUUGAGCACAACCUUGAUCAUAUCUACCUUUGGGUUUGUUAUUUAAAGAAAAUGUAAUUCCUCUUUUGGUCCAUAUUUUGGAUCUUACGCCUAGACAACAAAUGCCUAGACAACAAGAAUCUUCCUAAUCAGACAAAAAAGCAACACAUUAGAUUAGAGAGAAAAAACAACAUUUCUUUGCUGCAAAAAGCAACAAACGUACAUCCAAGACACUCCAAAUUCAACGUGUUGGGAAAAUAAAUUAUUCCCACUCCCUCCCAAACAAUUACAGUAUUUUGAAACGGGAACAAUUUGCUGUGUCUCCAUUGCAUAAUUAGGUUUGCUUUUUUUUUUUUUUUUGCUUUUUGUAUUGGAUAGGCCUUUAAUUUAUUUAAUAUCUUUUUGUUUUAGGUUUCUGUCUUUCUCUUUUUUAUUUUUAAUAACCGCUAGUCAUUAAUAUUUGUAUCUUAGGAAUGUAUUGCAUUUUCUUACUGUUAAAGAUAGACGACACCUUGCUUUGCAGUAAAAUGAUCUCCAAAGAGUC